AUGUUAAGUAUAAUUUAAUACACCGUGGCGUACUGCACACAAAAUAUUUUGGUGAAACUGCAUUGCUAGGGAAACGUCUGAUGUGUCUCCAUUUUACACCGUCACAUGUCCUUCGGAAUCUUUUGGGCAUAACUCAACCUUACAGUGAAUUAGAUCAUUUCCUGUCUGGAAACACAAGAAGUCACUUUUAACGAUGGCGACCCCAGCUACAGAGGCAGAUCAGAUGAAACAGUUUAGGGAAUUCCUGGGAACCUAUAACAGGCUAACAGAGAAUUGCUUCAUGGACUGUGUAAAGGACUUCACUACGAGGGAAGUCAAAACCGAGGAGACAUCUUGCUCUGAAAGCUGCCUGCAGAAGUACCUGAAGAUGACACAGCGGAUCUCCAUGCGUUUCCAAGAGUACCACAUCCAGCAGAAUGAAGCCUUGGCUGCCAAAGCUGGUUUACUGGGACAGCCACAGUAGAGGAGGCUGCCACCUCUUAUAGACUCCAGAGCCUUAACAUCUGCACCAGAACAGACUAGCGCCCCCUAGCAUCUACAUGGAGUAACGAUUCUCAUGGAUGCCCAGCGUGGCCACAACAUGCCAGAAGCAGCUCAAGCACUGUUCUUGCGCCUACCUCAGCUUCAAAGGCUGAAGCUAACUGACUGGAGGGACCUUGUGAUUUCUUUCUCUGAAGAGGUGCUGUGGUUCUGCAAACUCUUUGUGGCUUGAUCAACUGGUGUCAUGGUCAAGGGCACAUUGUGAAAUGCAUACAUAAUUCCAUUCUUUAAAAUGUUAGCAAUUAAAUGUCGACACCAGGCGUUGUUUUUCAAUUUUCUGUUGCACCAUGAGCAGGUUUAACAUACUAUGGAUGAUGUCUGAUAAAACAACUUCAUGACCGACAUACUUCAAAGAGCAAAGUUAGUCUGAGGUCACAUUUUAGGAAAGGUCAUGUACUGUGCACUGAUUUUUCUUGUUUUAAAAAUGCAUAUACAUUUGAAGAGGUCAUCAUGCUAAGGCCAUAAAGAGCCUGAUGGAAAUGGUUUGGUGAAUUAUCGUGGUUUAAUCAUUUUAUGUAUUUCAAAAUUAAAGAUGUCUUGCUAGCCACAAACAA